AUGGCUGUCAUCUUGGCAUGGAGUCUGCUAUGCGUUGCACUCGUUCUUGCACUGUAUCGACGACGGACUAGAAGGGCCUCGCUUACGAACCUUCCUGGUCCCGAACCAGAGUCGUUCCUUCUAGGCAAUUUGCGUCAAUUUUACCAGGGCCAAGCGGGAGAAGCAGACUUCAAGUGGCAAGCAUCGUUCGGGCACAUGUUAAGCAUCAGGGGUGUACUCGGGGAAAAUUGUCUGUUUGUAUCGGAUCCUAAAGCACUCCAGCACAUCUAUCAUUCCGGUUACGUUUUUCGCAAACACGUCAUCCGGAAGGAGUUGACCCGGCUCGUCGCUGGCAAGGGAAUUAUCUGGGCUGAUACCGAUGACCAUAAACGCCAAAGAAGAGUUAUUUUACCAGCCUUUGGAGCAUCCGAAACGAAGGCUUUGUUGCCAUAUUUUUCGGAGUUUGCAGCCCUGCUUGUCUCGAAAUGGAAAGAGAUUAUUGGAGUGGGGAGUUCUGCUACACUUGACAUGCCUUCAUGGAUGUCACGAACUACACUGGAUGUGAUCGGUCAAGCCGCUUUCGACUAUCAGUUCCAUGCCCUGGAAGACAAAGACAGUCUUCUGAGGCAAGCAUUCGUCAAAGUGGCAGGAGAAACAUUUGGACGGCCGUCGAAGAAGGCGAUAUUCAUCCAGAACAUACUUCAGUAUGCACCGACGCCUCUCAUAGUAUAUCUUUUCGGCCAUGCAUCAGCUUUUGAACAAGCAAGAGAGACGACUCGGUUGGCUCAGCAGGUCUCGAGGGAUUUGAUUGACACUAAGUCCGAGGCUUUCAUGCAAGGCGCCGGUGGACGUGAUGUCAUGAGUUUGCUCGUAAAGGCGAACUUGAAAGAAAAAAACAGUCAGGGCCUUACUGAUGAGGAAAUGUUGGCAGCAAUGCAGACCAUCAUGGGUGCAGGACACGAGACCACUGCGACCACUCUCACCUGGACCCUUUAUGAGCUCGCCAAAAGUCCGGAUCUCCAAGCAAAACUCCGGCACGAGGUUAAGGACAUGGAAAAGGCGAUUGGUGGCGCUGAUUUUUCAGCCGCAAACUUUGAGUCGAUGCCAUACUUGCAGGCAGUGAUGAAGGAAGCGCUGAGAAUGCAUCCGGUAUCGUACUACGGACUCCGCGAAGCUGCGAGAGAUGAUGUUAUCCCUCUGUCGAAGCCGAUAAUGUUGAGAGAUGGUAGUGUCGUGAAGGAGGUACCCGUUGCGAAAGGGACGACGGUGUACAUCUCUAUCGCAGGCUAUAACAGAAAUGAAGAUGUCUUUGGUAAAGAUGUCCAUAGAUUCAAGCCUGAACGCUGGCUUGAUGAAGCUGUACCGAGAAAAGGUGCAACGGCCGUUGGCGUGUACGGAAACAUGAUGACUUUCGGUAGUGGUGUCCGAUCAUGUGGUUAUUUUUACAGACUGCUUGAGUAUCAGACUAUCUUGGUGCAGCUGAUGAAGAAUUUCGAGUUUUCUGUUGAUGCUUCUAUCGUUAACAAGAUUCGCAGGGAUGCUGCAUUGGUCAUGCAGCCAAUCAUUGAAGGAGAGUAUGAGAAGGGGCCUCAGCUGCCCUUGCGAGUGUCAUUGGUAUCUACUGAUUGA